CUUAUUACAUUUGGGUCAAUUUGAGUCAGAAUUGUAUCAAAUUGUAUCUUUGUCAAAGUGUGUCAAAUAACCUGUAGUCAUUCGAGCAAGCUUAUUACACUCGUGACUUUGUGAAUCGCAGUAUACCUGCGUACACCAUUGUUUUGAUGAACUUAUUUAUUUCUCGAUCUGAUGUUGAAUAGAACAAAAUGUCUGUGAAGCAGAAGAUCUUCGGAUAAACCUGGAUAAACAUUGAUGAGCGUUUUUUAACAUUCUCAGACGCAAUUUUUUAGUAAACCAGACGAAAAGUCAGUUAAAAUUCUGCUGUUGAUUACGUUAAAAGAAAAUGAUUUAAAACGUAUUAAAAAUUCCUAUUUUUUGAUUGCUUGGGUUAAAUCUUCGAAAGAUUUUCAGCAUGUUAAAUUGGCUACUUACAAAUAUAGUUCACAAAGAAGACAAUCACAUUAAAAUUAUAGCGAAUAUUUUUAGCUUAUUUGCGACAAGUUACUAAUAAAUCACGUCGAGUCUUUGGUUGCCACCUUCUGAUUGGUUCAACUGGAAAUCAAUGGUUUUCUUGUCUGAGAUCGAUUAAUACUAAAUUGUCUUAAUCUCUAAAAAAAGGAUUUAUAUUUGUCAAAUUUAAUAUUUUAUUUCUUUCUCUAAAAUAUAAAAGUAAUUCUUUUAGCAGAUAUUUUUUCAGAAAGCUGAGAUCUCCAAUCAAAAAUCAAAGAAGCGAAAACCGAAAGUUCCUUAAAAAAAGUUGGAGUCUCCGACUGAAAACCAAAGAAGUGGUGGUAACCGUAAUUGAACCAUUUGUAUACGUUAUAUUGAGAUCGCCAAUUGCAUUUUAAAGAACUUGAAUUUUCAAUGUUUGAUAACUUUCAAUAACAGAGAUUGAAAAUACAAAGUUACUGGGUCAGCGUAUUAAGAAUGAAUAUAGAAAUUAAAAUAGUUAUAAACUUCAAUUGUUAUAAAAGAAAUUAGAAGUAAUUUAUAAAAAUUACGAGUUUAGUAACAGUAACUUUCUAGAUUAUCAUAUUUACAUAUACAUAUAUAUCGCAACAUAUUGAUUUUGGCUUUGCCCGGGUUUCUGGGCAUUGUCUAGUUAGUUCUCGAGUAUUCUCCAAUUGUCAGCCCUGGUACAUCCGCAGAGAGGGAGAAAUAUACAUGAGAAAUAUGGUUGUCCAGCCAAUGAGGGAUCGACUUUCCGUUGUCUCGGCGAUAGUGCUAUAAGUCCCUGACGUCUAAACGUACUUCUAGUGACGUCAGAGAACGCGCUAUGUGAGAACGAGCAAGUGUGUUUACAGAAAAAUUGAACUUGAACUUGCUCGUGAACUUGACUUAGUAGUGCAGUUUAGUGUUCGGGUUGUUGGUGAUCGAAUAAGUCAUUAAAUAAUUGACGGUGGCAACAAUACUGUCGUCUCUCUACCAAGCGUGGCGGUACUCAAAAGUCAUGAAAUACUAUGACGACGUAACGAGAUCUAAAUUUAAAUGCUUCAUCGAGCGUGUGCGCGUCAAGAUGCACGGUGGAGCAUUUUGCUUGCAAAGGAAUAGUCGGUGUUGUGCCGGAGACUAAUUGUGGAUUAUUGCUACAUAGAUUUUUAACGCGUCCCGCUGGACUUAUUCCAGAGAUUCUGUGGACUUGGUACGAAUGGAGCCAUGUAUCAUCCGAUCGAUCGGAAUGGUUGACACUUGUGGACGGAAAUUUUCGCAUCGGCGACUUUCGAGUGAUUGCGUUUUCGUUAGUUCUCGUGUCAAUCCUAAUAUUUCGUACAACGGUGGUGGAAAAGGACUAAGGGACGUAGGAGAAGUAUGGACACGUGAAGAGGUCAAGGUGACAGGUAGGAGAGGGGAUCAUAUUGCGAAGGUCGUCAGCAGCACCGGCGCACCACUGACCUUUAAAAGCUGCGUAUCGCUCGCGCCUGUCACAAUUUGGUUUUAAAGCUUUUAUUCAGACUGAGUUUGCAGCAUACAUACACAAUUCACUCAGACACUAAGACAACUGUCAAGAGUCAAGAUUACAAAACUACGCUGACAAAACUUGAAGUGGAAGAUAAGGAAUCUGACACAGUACGUGCAAGGUACGCGGAGAAAUACAGAAGAAAUAGAGAUAAGACGGCAAUUGUAUAGUGAAGAGCGAAGUACGAAUAGAUAACAAGAACAAAAGAAAACAAAGAAAAUUGGAAAAUUAGUAAAAGAAUAGUGAGCAAAAUAGAGGGAUUUAGAUUUGUUUUAAGAGGAGUGUGUGGGUGCUUCCAAAAUAACAAUGAAGAGAGAAAGUUUUUUCCAAAUGAAAGAAAACGAACAAUUCGAUUUGCCCCUUAUGCCACCACAAUUUGGGUGGAUGAGUUUGAUAAAUUGUAUCAACAUAUGGCAGCAAAGACCUAUGAUGUUGCCGAAGAUGAAGAUAAGAUGAUGGAGCCUGAAGAAGUCUGUGACAAUUUAGAAAUUGUAGAGCCAGCGAUACCUUCAACAUCAUCAGCAAACAAUUCAUCAUCGCAUUUUAAAAUGUUGCGGAGAGAGGCCCAUGUUGAUGAUGUAAAUGACUUUGACAACAUAGAACUUACAUUUCCAUCAACAUCAACAGCAAGGUAUCGACGAUGGCCACGAUUCAGGAUGUUGCAGAGAGCAGAUGCUAUUCAAGAAGAAGAUGAAGAUGAGAUUGAAAGCAAUGGACACGAUAACAGUCAAAAGAGUAUACAGUCAGCAAUUCCAUCAACAUCGAUAUCAGCAAGCCAUUCAAUUUCAUAUCACUCUCUGAUCCGAGAGAGAAAUUACUUGAAAUUUGAGAUAGAUAACAUAGGAAAAGUUAUGAAAUGUUGUAAAAAUGCUGUUAAACGCUGGUUAUCCGUCAUAGAUGAUGAAGCAUUUCCUGAGGAAGAGUACCUACAAGAGUAUAUAGAAGGAACAAAUACACUACACGAAUUACAACGCAAAGAAAUGGAACUUGUAGCUAAACAGGAAAAAAUACUGGAAUUGGUAAAAUUAAGAAGAAAUAAAGAAGAAGCAUCUAUGAAGAAAGUAAUUACUAUACUAAUAGUACACCUUCCAAAUAAUCAACAUACCAGUAUACAAGUGCAAAAAGGACUUACUUUAAGGAACGCAGUGUCCAAAGCUAUGCAACGUCGGCAUUUGAUUAUAGAUGACUGUGCAGCUUAUAUUAAACAUCGUAUCACAUCAUGUUUUAUUUCUUGGGAUACAGAUAUUUCAACUUUACAAUGUAAGGAAGUCUUUGUGGAAACUUUGGAAGCGAUUACUGUUCCAGUUUAUUAUUUACAUCAUUUUGCACGUAAUACAUUUUUAAAUAUAAAAUUAAGUUACUGUUAUUUUUGUGAAAAGAGUGUUCUCUAUGGAUUUCAUUGCAAAUUAUGUGAUAGAAAAUAUCAUAUGAAAUGUGUAGCGUUUGCGCCUAUACUUUGUGAACAUAUAAAAAGACGAAGAGCUUACUAUGAAAGAUUAUUGGCUAAUAAUAUGACUACUGGCAUUAUCCAAAUUCGUGCCAGACCGCCACCAACACCUUCAUCUAUGGCUAAGAAACGACGUGAAAAUCAAGAAAACCCAGAAUCUUCUACCUCCUUGCCGAAUGUUGCUAUCAAUCUGGACACUGAAGUUUCUAAAACAAAAGAUGAAAUUUUUAAAACAAAAGAUGAAGUUUCCAAAACAAAAGAAGUAGUUUUCAAAAUAAAAGAUGGAGUUUCUAAACCAAAAGAUGGAGUUUCUAAAACAAAAGAUGAACUUUCCAAAACAAAAGAUGGAAUUUCUAAGGCAAGAGUUGGAGUUUUUAAAAAAAAUGGAGUUUUUAAAGAAGGAAUUUUUAAAACAAAAGAUGGAAUUUUUAAAACAAAAAGUGAAGUUUCUAAAACAAAAGAUUUGACUGUAAUACAAGAGGAUAAGAAGAACACAGAAAUAACUGUAAAAAAGAGAAAACAGAAAAAACAUGAAAAAUCAACGAAUGAAAAUGAUUUGCAUGUUGAUGAUAUAGAGCGCAAAAAAUCUAAUGAUUCUGAAGACAGUAUUUUUAGUCACCAGGAUUCUAUAAAUGAUUUUAAAAUUAUCGCGAAAGAAGUUUCAUAUGAACCAGAAAAAAUUGGACAAGGAACUUACGGAAGUGUUUACAAAGGUGAUUGGCAUGGACCUGUUGCAGUGAAAAGACUUAACAUUGAGGUUCCUACUGCCGAGCAAAUACGUACUUUUAAAAAUGAAGUGAAUAUUUUGCGUAAAAUUCGGCAUAAACAUGUAUUAUUAUUUAUGGGUUGUAUUUGUAAACCUUAUUUAGCUAUUAUUACACAAUGGUGUGAGGGACAAUCUCUGCAUCAUCGCCUGCACGUGGACGAGGAUCCAUUAGAAAUGAUUACAAUUGUGAUAAUUCUCAAACAAACUUCAGAAGGCAUGGACUACUUACACGCAAGAAAUAUUCAUCAUCGAGACCUGAAAAGCUACAAUAUAUUUUUCCAUAAUGGGCUUCACGUGAAGAUUGGUGAUUUUGGACUUGCAGUAAUGAGGAAUCAAUUCAAUGAUAAAAAAGAUGAAAAUGAAAAGCACGGAGAGGACGAAGAAAAAGAAAAGGAUGCAAGAAAUGAAGAAAGCGAAAAGGACCAAGAGAAUGAAAAGGAAAAGGCUGAAAGAGAAAAGGCUGAAAGAGAAGAAAAGGCUAGAAAGGAACAAGAAAAUAAGUUAGCUGGUUCUAUUCCUUGGAUGGCACCUGAAGUUCUGAGAAUGAAAGAAGAUUAUCCAUAUAGUUUUCAGUCUGACGUGUAUUCAUUUGGUAUAGUAAUGUUUGAAUUAUUUGCCCGUGAGAUACCAUACGGUCUUGGAGCCGACCCAUUAUUUAUUUUGUAUAAUGUAGGACGUGGCAAUUUAGCACCCGAUUCGACUAAAAUGCGUUCUGAUACACCUAGAAAACUUAAAGUACUUUAUAAACAGUGCAUCGCAUUUGAGAAAGACAAACGACCAUUGUUUCCCUACAUCUUGAAACAAGUAUACUCAGUUUUUAGAGCUACACCGAAAAUAAGAAGGACAACUUCCUUACCACUUAAGACCGACGAGUUAGCUGAUACUUAUAUUGAGAGAGAUGAAGAUGUUCAAGAUUUUCUUACAUCUGACGAUGACUAUGAGGCUAUCUUUUGCUCUAACACUGGCAUUAAUGCAAUUUCUAGCGUUACCGCUGAAGAUAUCUUUGCUGAUUUUUAAGAUUAACAAUAAAUAAUGGAUUAGCUAGUAUUGAUCUAACAAGAAUAGAACGUUUCUUACUUUAAUUAUAAAUAACGUGUAUACAAUGAAGAGCAAAAAUCGGGUUCAGGAUAUGAUUAUAAUUAUGUAACUUUUUCCCUAAAGCGAAAAUGUGAAAGGUGAAAAUUUUAUCAUGGAAGUUAAUGCAGUAAUUUUUUACUUCUCAUUCUUCCGUCUUAGGAAAAAAGUUAUAUGAUUGCUAUCCAGAUGUAAUGAGUAGAACUGCAGAUGUACUAAGCUUCUCCGUUUACAAGUCUUGUUCCAGCGAUUGAUCAAUUGGUCGAUUGUUAGGGAAAAGAUAGAAGUUUAUCACAAGUGCAGCUCGAACUCACUGUGACGGAAAAGAAUAUUUUUCUUUAAUUGUGUGAGUCUUGCGCUAUUUCUUUCAGUGAUUGACUGAUUGAUAAAGAAAAAGCAGAAUACAGUAUAAAUACAAUCUUACUAUUUCAGAAAGAGAAAAUAAACCUAUCAAAGGUUCCUUUCUCUUUCUAAAGUAAGUAAAGUACAUGUGAUCGGAAUACGCAGUUCUUAUCAGUCUGUUCUUAUUACGGGUUUAGCAACACAUGAGUUUUAUUAUCUUUCUUUCUUUUUUUUAUAGAAAAAAAGUUUAAAGAAAAAGAUGUAAAGCUUUGUAAAAAAGAAAUAUAUAUAAUGUAUAUAUGUGAUAUAGCUUUUAUUGAUUUUGUAUAAGUUUUAUGAAUAGAGAUCUAGACCGAACCGCAUCUUAAGCCAAUUACUAUUAUAAGACUUGUAAUUUUUUAUUUAAUACAUUGAAUGUUGGACCUAAUCCGUUCACUUCUCUAGCGACGCCGGAUUAAAAUUUUCACUAUCAGAUUUAUAUCUUGAUAAGAUAUUAAGAGAGUAUUCUGAUUUAGACUGAUCGAGAGUUUAGGCUUAUUUUUAAACAUAAAGUGGCGGUUAUUUUAUUUUGAUUAUAUGCUUAUAUUUUUUUUUCUUUUCAUAAAAUAUUAUAUAAAUUUAUUGUCAAGGAGAGUAGUGCUGAAUUUGGAAAUGUUAGUUCAAUGAUUAGUUUUUUAAUAAAAUUAUUUAAUUUUGAUGUUUUCUUGGAACGUUUUCCAAGCAUAAAUGGCCUAAGAUAAUUCUAUUUCUCGUGAGUAGCAAGCAUAUUAAAAUAUAUGUAUUAAAAUUAAAAAAUAAAUUUAUACGACUUUCAAAAACAUUUUUAUGCAAUUUUUACUAAACUUGCGUCUCUCUAAAUUCAUAUAUUUCGCCAUCAGUUAAAAACUAAAGCGACCCCUAGACAAUGAAUAUUGCAUAUUUUUGAAUAUUACACAAUACUAUUGUAUACUUUUGAAUAUUGCACAAUAUUGAUCGUCUGGAAGCUAUAUUGAAUUUGUUUUUAAUUAUCUAGUAAAAUAAGUAUAUUGUACAAAUUUAUUAAUUAUCUAGGAGUCGCUUAAAUUUACAGUUCAUUGUUCAAAUAUGACAACGAGAAAAAGUAGACAUUAAAUAUGUGUGCAUGAACUUUUAUAAUGUAUCAGUCUAUCAUGUUUAAUUGAUGUUAAAUAAUAUUUCAAAUAAAAUAAUGUGCGCUUUCCUGUAUUAGAAUAGCAUUUGAAUCUUUACAAUAGAAAACUUUCAAUGCUAUUAUAAUACGCGAAAUAACACGAGUUUAAAAUCGGUCUAGAAAGAAUAUAUGUUAAUAUCGGAAAUUUAUUGUUAUAUCAUAUUUUAAAUCUCUCAUUCCAUUACAAAAGAAUAAAAACAAAAAAAAAUAUAAAAAAUAUAUUUUUAUAUAUAUAUGUAUAUGUAAAAAGAAGAUAAAAUGUAAGAAAUUUAUUUAUAUACGUGUAUACAUAAAAAGGAACAAAAUGUAUGUAAGAAAAGGUGGAAUAGAAUGGACCAGGAGAUAAAAUGGUUCAGUUAUUAGAUCUCGUUAAUAGUCUUUCUCUCUUAGAAAGUUACCUUCUCUUAUUUAUGUAUAUGUAUGUAUGUAUGUAUGUAUGUAAGUAUGUAUGAUGUAUAUGUAUAACAUAUGUGUAACAAGAAAUAAAAUAUAUUAUUCUUUAUUAUUUGCAUAAUGUA